AUGGAAGGAAGAAGUCCAACGCCAAUUCCUCCGUAUCGAGACAGCAUCUGCCCAUUGCUGGGAGCACGACCUGACAAUACCUCCACGAAGAGCGGGGUCGGCUGGGACGGCAACCCCUUGGAGUAUAGUUUCGAGUUGAGGGGUUCAACCAAGAAUAAGUCCGUUCGUUUUGUCGUCGACCUCAGUGAGCUCCGCCCUGCGGACAAGAACAACACUCUGAGCAUGGCAACUACGCAGAAGGUGGUGGAUGCUUUGGCCGAGAAGACCCCUGGCUUUGACGACACCUGGUACCGAGUGCUGAAGGAGUGGUUUGUCUACUCGCAUCUCUCCCCAAACGAGCAAGAGGCCCUGAUUGCCAAGGCAGGACAGCAGACUUCGGUGAUUUUGGCCUACCUCUUAUGCCGCGCGAUGCCGCCGCGGCGGGAUGGAUUUACGCCAGUGCGGUUGGCCGGAUUCUCGCGAAAGGCGGGUCCUCCCCUGCGGGAUGGAUUUCCUAGCACAAGGGCUAUCUAUGCCUUUAAUCAAGGGCAAAAGUUUUAUAUACCCGGUUAG